UUAAGUGCGCGUCUCCUUCUCUGUCACUGAACUCAUCGCGAUCGACCGGGAGGUGCGUGGCCCCCAUCGCCUCGCCUCAAGAUGAACGCAGCGCGGGGCUCGCCGUCCCGGGACGCCGAAGAGGACACGGACGACGCCCAGCCCAAGGAGCAGGAGAGAAGCCGCCUCCCGUUCAGCGUGGAGGCUUUGAUUUCCAAGACGGACGCCUGUCGGACUUGUUUGGAGCCGGCCCCGCACUUCUCUCCGAGGACUUUUUACGCCGCUGAGGGCUCGCCCGCUGCUCGCAGCAGCGCGACCGAGGACGCCCCGCAGUCGGCUGACAGCGAUCACGGCACUUGGUUCCAGACCAGCACCUUCCCGUCAACCCCUCGUAGCUCCAGCCCAUCUCAGUGCACUCUCCGCAAGCACAAAAACAACCGCAAACCUCGCACACCCUUCACAACCUCUCAGCUGCUGGCCCUGGAGCGCAAGUUCCGCCAGAAGCAGUACCUCUCCAUCGCCGAGAGAGCCGAGUUCUCCAGCUCGCUCAACUUGACCGAGACCCAGGUGAAGAUCUGGUUCCAGAAUCGCAGAGCCAAAGCCAAGAGGCUGCAGGAAGCCGAGCUGGAGAAGCUGAAGUUGGCCUCCAAACCCGUCCUGUCGGCCUUCGCGCUGCCUUUCCCCCUCGGCGCGCACAUGCAGGGCUCGGCAUCAUGGGGGCCCGGCUCGAACCCCUUCCCCCGGACCAGUCUGCCGGUGCCUGGACUCUUUGGUGGACCUGUCACCUACGGGAUGUACUAUUUGUCUUAGUAAAUUCCCGGGAAAUCCAAGUUUUCAGGACAGUCGGUUGCAAAAUCACUCAAAGGCACAAUAAGUAUUUCCAGCUGAAAAACUUUUUUUUUUUUUUAAAAAAAAAACGAUCUUAUAUUUUGACAAAUCUUCUUACCGGUACCUCCAUAACUGAAACUGCAUUGUUGGACGUCUACAAAUGUAUGCAUUUGUGGGGCACGCGUGGUUAGGUGACUUAGCAUAUAUCAAAGAGAGCCAGCAUCAAGUGUCACCAUCUUCUUCAAGUGUUUAUUUUACUUAUCACAGAGUUGUCAACAGAGACAAUUUAUAUUACGUGUGUAUCAAAUUCGUUUACUCUCACAGCGUGGCCUUUAUGAGGAUUACUAUCGAAUUUUAUCCUAUUUUGCUGUAAAUGUAGAUAAAAAUGUCCCGCAGUCUCGCUCGAGAAACAGCAGGAUGUUUGUAUUUAUUGAAUCUUUUCUAUAUGUACUGUGUACACUUCUUACAUAUGAAAGA